CACACCACCGUAGCCAAAAAUAAGGCAAAUAUGGCCGGUAUUAAUAAAGGGAGAGGAGGAGGAGCACAACGGUUAGCUCCAAUUAAAAUAGAUUAGGGAAGAUGGGAGAAGAUAUUAUUGUUUGUGUACCAGGUCAAAGAUUAUGUGUUUCUGAUAAGGUUAACAUAGCUGGCUCUGGAACAUAUGAACAACAAGGUUAUAUUUACUCUAAACUUGCAGGCAUAGUUAAACUAAUACAAGAGGAAAAUACUAGAACUAUAGAAGUCCAUGGAAUAACAGAACAGAGCACUGUUCCAGCACCAGGUGACAUUGUAACUGCUAUGGUUACAGUUGUUAAUCAGAGAUUUUGUAAAUGUAGUAUAAAAUGCAUAGGUGACAUUGUAUUGACAAGACCUUACAGAGGGAUUCUAAGAAAAGAAGAUGUACGUGCAUUAGAUAAGAGCAAUAUUCAAAUGUACAAGUCUUUCAGACCUGGGGAUAUUAUUCUUGCAAGAGUUAUGCCAAUGACAGAAGCGCAUACUUAUCAAUUAAGUACAGCAGAAAAUGAAUUAGGUGUAGUUAUAGCACACAGUGAAGAAGGUGUAGCCAUGAUACCUAUAAGCUGGACACAAAUGCAGUGUCCUAAAACGUUACGUAAGGAAUUUAGGAAAGUAGCAAAAAUUAUUCCAGAACACGUCGCUGGAGAACGAUAAUUACUAUAACAUUUGUCAGAUUCAAGGAAAAGACAUGAAAGCAUCUUAUGAUUAACCGCUCGCCAGUAAUUCUCAACCCGAAUAUGAUAAAACAG